GGUGAUACCACCUUAAAAUUUGUAUGUUCCUUUGAUAUAAAAAGGUUAUAUUCAUAAAUUACAAGUAUUUUGAUAUAAAAUGGAAAUAUUAUAAUAAACUGUGAAUGUUCGUCUACACGAAAAUUAAUAAAAUUCUGUGUACCUCGAAAUAUUAAAAAAUAUAAUAAUUUUUACUUAAGGCUCGUUUCACUAGCACUACGUCACUCUUUUCAUGAUCAUACUGUAUUUUGUCCAUCUUAGUAUAUUGGAUUGUGAGGUGUGAAAUUACACCCUCACUCGUAAUUUUUUAGUUGAUUCGUGCAUGCAGAUUAUAUAUUUUAUGAUUUUAACAAAAAAAAGUUAACCUAACUAACAGUUUUCGAGACUGUUUGUUGUUUUCGAAAUUGUAGUUUGAAUUUUAAUCAUAACCUGUAAAGUAGCAUUUACGGAAUGUAACAACAAUCUACGCGAGUGUAUUAUGAAUUUUAAAUUAAUAUGUUAUCUAUAGUCGAUGAUUUUUUAAAUAGAACAUUCUAUUGGAAUCGAAAUAUUUAUGAAUAUAAGUGUGAAAAACUUUCAUCAAAACACUGUAACAUAGUAUAAUGUGCUACGUGACAAACAUGACGCUUAGGCCGAAUGGUUUAACAAAGUUAUUGGAUAUCCUUGAAGAGGAAAAUCUUGACACAAGCUUGGAAAACCUUUGUAAUCAAUUACAUCAAGUAUUUCGAAAAGAAGACCGAUUUAAUGUAGGAACGACGUUAGUUCUUCUUUUACAACACAUAGAUCUAUUGCCAAAAAAUGUUCAACGUGUUAUAGCUGUGACACUAUUGUUUGACCUUUAUAGAGGCGAACCAUUGGCUACCACACCUUUUGCACCUGUUUUUGUUCAGGUUUUAAAAUCACAAAAAGAUACAAAUAAUGGUGUAUCAAGAACUAACUUCACAGGACAUAUUCCAGUUUUAUCGCAGUGCGAGAAGAAUUUAUUAAUCAAUUUAUUGGGGAACAAUCAGAAAGAUGUCUUAAAGAAAACUCCAAGGCAGAUUGUGGAUGAGUUAUCUUUUACAUCUAUACCACCUAUUGAUUUGACUAGUUUGCAAGCACAGUUAACAGAACGUCAUUCGGAACUACCAGCCAUAGCAAAAUGUGGACAUCCAGUGAUUUUACCUGAUAUGGAUCAUUCUAAAGUUACACAAAAUUACAUUCCUAGAAAUGUUACAAAAUUUAUGGCAGAAAACUUCAUGUACAAUGAUAAUCCUCCAUUGUGCUGUGAAAGUUAUCGACCUGAGUUCCUGAGAUUGGCACCUCCACUUUAUAGAUCUUUUGAUGAAUUAUCAUGGUUUAAUGUCACAGAACCUUCUCAGUUCACAAUCGAAUAUGAUAGUAAUAUGUGCGUCUCAAAUUGUGCUGGCGCCGAAGCCCGCAGAUUGAUGGGUAAAGCUUUUAAGAGUGUGGUAACGCUACAGCAACAGCAACAUCUUUUUGAUGAAUUAGACAGAGAUCCAAAAUUAGUGUAUCAUAUUGGUCUUACCCCUGGAAAACUACCAGAUUUAGUGGAGAAUAAUCCUAUGAUUGCUAUUAAGGUGUUAUUAAAGUUGAUGCAAUCGAGUCAAAUAACUGAAUAUCUAAGUGUUUUGGUAAAUAUGGAAAUGUCUCUUCAUUCGAUGGAAGUAGUUAAUAGGCUGACUACUACUGUGGAUCUGCCUACAGAAUUUGUUCAUUUAUACAUUAGCAAUUGUAUAUCCACUUGUGAAACCAUAAAAGAUCGUUAUAUGCAGAAUCGUUUAGUACGCUUGGUUUGUGUAUUUCUGCAGUCUUUGAUAAGGAACAAGAUUAUAAAUGUGAAGGAACUUUUUAUUGAAGUACAGGCCUUUUGUAUUGAAUUCAGUCGUAUCAGAGAAGCAGCAGCUUUGUUCCGCCUCCUGAAACAACUCGAAUCUGGUGAUAUUGGUGGACUUAAUGCACCACCUGUUAAUAAUAAACUGGAUAUGUGUUAGUGUAAUUAAUGUCAAAUAUUUUAACAACUUUGUUACUAAUGAAGGAACAACUAAUUGUUUUUAACCAUUUUUUUCUGAUUAAUUAAGUUUCAACAAAUUGAAAUAUAAU